UUUCAGAAGAUGACGUAAAGGAUUUCGUUUUUUCACUGGCUCACUGUCUAUAAAUAUUUUUAACACAAGUAUGCAUUAGCUUUCAAUAACACACGGUUGAGGUUUUCGUGUUAAAAUCAGUUCUCUUCAGUCAGUGAUCCCGCGGAAAAUGAAGAAGGUCGUCGUGAAGUUGGAUAUAUUUGAUGAAAAAGAAAAGAAGAAGGCCUUAAAAACGGUUUCCAGUCUCUCAGGAAUUGCGUCCAUAUCAGUAGAUAUGACGGAUAGGAAGCUGACAGUGAUCGGAGAUGUUGAUCCUAUUGGCGUGGUGAACAAAUUGAGAAAACUAUGGCACGCAGAAUUAGUAUCGGUUGGUCCUGAUAAGGAACCGGAAAAGAAUAAAGAUGAUGAGAAGAGUAAAGAAGAGAAGAAGAAGAUUGAGGACAAGGAGAAGGAAGAAGCGGAAAAGAAGAAAAAACAAGAAGAACAGAUUCAAAAUCUUCUCAGUGCCUAUGGCUAUCAGAAUUACGCUCCUUAUAAUGUUAUGCCCCAAUACGUUGUUCAAAGUGCUGAUGAUUAUCCACAUUCUUGUGUUAUCAGCUGAAUAAUUGUUUCGAGUUUAUGAAUGUAAAUAAAAAACCACAUGUAAUUUUUUUUGGUUGUCGGAAAAUUCCAUCUGAGUUUAAACAAGUGUUUGAUCUCCAAUUGAUAGGUUUUGGUUGAUUUGAUCGAAUCUUCAUUGGCCAUGAUGCUAUCUGGUCUGCAUUGUUGUACGAUACAAGUUCCCUAUCGGAUGAUUUUCUUGUACAA